AUGUCUGCUGAACCCAAAGAAACCAAGACGGAAUCCACCCCAGCAGAGCCCACUCCCCCCACAUCCAACGUUUUCUCGAUCUUCGGAGGUAAAAAGGAAAAGAAACCCGAAGCUGAAGACGAAAAGGACACCGAAAAAGAGGAAAGUGGCGAUAAAAAAGAUAGCGAAGACACCGAAAAAGCCGACGAAGAAGAGGCAGAUGUUCAUUUCGAGCCUUUGGUCCAAUUAGAAAAGGUGGAAGUGAAGACCAAUGAGGAAGAUGAGGAGGUUUUAUACAAAGUUAGAGCCAAAUUGUUCAGAUUUCAUGGCGAUAGCAAGGAAUGGAAGGAAAGAGGAACUGGUGACGUCAAGUUUUUGAAGCACAAGACCAACGGCAAGGUGCGGAUUUUGAUGAGAAGAGACAAGACAUUGAAGAUUUGUGCUAACCAUCUCAUUUCCAAAGAAUACGAAUUGAAACCUAACAUUGGAUCUGACAGAUCUUGGGUAUAUUCCGUAACCGCCGAUGUGUCUGAAGGUGAACCAGAAGCGCAAACAUUGGCCAUCAGAUUCGGAAACAAAGAGAAUGCUGACAAGUUCAAAGAGUACUUUGACGAGGCUAAAAAAGCAGCUUCGUAG